AUGGGACCACGCAUGAGUGCCAGCGUGGCUGUAGUGGGGCCCAAUGUAGGGAUUGGAUUUUUGUCAAAAAAGAGGGGAACUUUAAUGAGCGGCAGUUGUGUGGGGGCUAAGGUUAGGGGUACGGGAUUUACACAGAGGCCAAUACGGUGUCCUUUUGGCAACAUGUUGUUAAAUUCAUGCGGGUCGCAUGGGAAACGUUGGCUAAGAUUUGGCAGUGUCUGCCAUGAUGACCACGUUGUUUCUUUGAACGAUUGGAGCUCACUACUAUCGAAUUUUAAGUCUCAUAUUCUUAUGGUCGAGAAAUUUCCGAAAAUUUUUUCAUCCGAGCGUGUGAUGCGUGGCCUUGGGAGUUCCAAUGUAUUAAUUUUCAAGCUUCAAAAGCUCAGAAGGCCCAAAAGAUUGCAGGAGCAGCCCAAAUGA